UUUCAAGAUGGACAAUAAUAUGAGUUCGGGCUACAGCGAGAAACUUCUAGGUGAUCAAAAGAUAAACCAAUCUGAAACAGGUAGUGGAAACCCUGAGUUAUCUCCCAGGUCAAGAGAGUUGCUUCGAGUUGAAGAUAAUGACUCCUUAGUGGCUCAUACAGAUGAGAAUUUCCAUAUUGAGGAUAAAAAGGAUUUGUUAGAAGACGAGCAAGACGAAAAUUCAAGGGACUUAGACCAAUUUUAUGAGGAUCCAACUGAUUAUCAAGAGAAUCAGCAGAAAAAGAGAAAUAAAGAAAUCAAAUUUUCAGAGCUUAAUUCCGAAAGUCAUGCUAGGGUAGAUUCAUUGAGACACACAUUUGCUGAUUUUAGGAAGGAUCCAGGUAAACUCAAAACAAAAGCUAUAUUAUAUAUCAUUCUGAGUCUUGUUGGGAUGGCUUACUCAAUGGCAUGCUUCGUUACUUCAGUGCAAGCAUACACCGCUAUUGGAAAGAAUCCUCUUGCUUUAUCUGCUCUCAUCCAUAAUUGGGUAUCCACUCCAAUUGUUGAUAUAAAGACCAUUGAAGAUGACACUUGCUCUUCAGGCUAUACACAAAUGAUUGACCGGAAAUGGCCAGGCACGAAAGCUGGCUGCAACUGCAAUGGAGAAAUUAGUAUUAAAGACGGUAGCUGAGGCAGUGGCUGAGAGAAAAUAGAAUCUCAGGAACCCAUCCCCUUCACUAAAUUCUUCGGCAAAACAAUUUGUAUCAAAAGAUCAGGAACAAAUAUUCUCAAUGCUGUCCGUCCAGACCCUCAGGAUCGAACGAGAUGAGAGGAAAAUUAUAAACCAUGAGGAAAUGGAGGGUCAAGUCAUGAAGUAUGUGUGCUAUCCUCAUCUGAUUGACCCAUUGAUGACAUCCAGAUUGCUAAAGAGUCGCCAGGAGAUGGCUACCAAUCUAGCCCCCUUGGAGAUGACUAUCAAAUUUGGUUCACUAAUUCAGCAGACUCUCUACCAAUCGUUGAAUUCGAGCUGGCAGAGGACCAUGUGUGUAUAUUCCCUGAUGAGUUCUACAUUGAUCCUAACAUAGAGCAAUAUCCACUACUAAAUAAAUGGAAACUUGACGGCUGCACGAGAAAAAUCAGGGAUGUCACUAAGGACACAAGAUGGGCCCCCACUGAGUCAAGGACAAUGCAAGAUCUUAUUGAAGAGAAUCCCGAGAUAGCCGAAGCAGUUAAGGAUCUGCCAGGAUAUACCGUACCAAAUACACCCUUGACUCUGUUCACCCAUUCUUAUGUUGACUGGGAUCUGAAAUGCCAGAAUUCAGAUGAAGCAGAGAUGGGAAAAAUUGCUGAGAAAAAUAACCCAAUCAACACUCUUGCUAAUAUCCAGUUGCUUUACAUGAUUAUUUGAUUCCUGUCUCUCCUAGUAAUUGGUGUGAUCUCCCCAGGAUUUGUCAUUUACAAGCAAACUUUGCUCCUCAUCGGUAGAAGAGAGGCUGAAAAAGAUCUUAUCGCAAGUAAUGGUAUGAGGCUGAUCGGAUGCAUCUUUAUUGUCCUUAAAGGAGCCUUCCUGAUCUCAUCCAUAGUAAUAAUGAACAACUUCAUCAGCCUUGUAAAUUACGUUGAUAGAGAACAAUGCACUGAUGAGAUAACGCUACAAAUAUUCCUGUUCCUCAAAGAUGUCCUUAAACGGGCCCUCUCCAAAAAUAUUAUCGGAGUAAUAGCAGUGGGAAUUAUAGCAGUAUUUGAAAUCUUAGCCACACUUAUUCUUUGCACCCUCUCCUGCAAAAUGAAGAAAGACACACAUCAGAAAUUUAACUUUGUAGACGAUGCUUCCAGCAAGAAGGACAAAUAGCUGAAUUCUAUACCCUCUUUAUUAUACCUCAACCUUUUCG